ACCUUGCCGACCAGAUGGAGGCCCGCCGUCUGCGAAACCGCAACAUGCGCGACCGCCGACAGCAGCGACUCAACGAGAAGCGAGCUGCCAUCACUGCCGUGGAGCACGAGGAGGAGAAGAAGUAAAGGAGGAGGGGAAAGAGGCACCAUUGAUGGCGCAGGAAAGGGAUCAUGCAGCGAGUGGGCGUAUUCAUUACUCCCCCUUCUAUACAACCUCGCUUCUGGCUCUUUGUUCUACGCUAUUCACUUUACCAUCCCACUCUUACCUACCUACGACUCUUUGCUCUUCGCUCUCUCUUCUUGUACUUUGUUUCAGCGGCUUCUCUCACCCAUCGAUUGCGUCAUUUGCACUGUCAAAGGUCAAUCACACAGCAUCUCAUUACUACCACGGUGAAGAAAGAAAAAAAGUUUGACCAUCACUUCCGUAUUCGCAGGCAAGCAAGCAACCAACGGACGGACGGGAGAAAGCGAGUGGCACAAACGAGCGAGCGGAUUCUAGCAAGUGCAAGCGAGAUUACAGAUGUUGUAGAUUCAUUGCAAGCUCCAGCUCCAGCUCCAGCUCCAGGACAUGAAAAGGAGGGACGAGAAGAGGAAUGGGGCUAAAAGCACAAGCACAAGCACCAGCACCAGCGCAAAGCCGCGAGCAGAGAGGGACGGGCAUGAGAAAGCAGCUAGGAGGAGCAGGAGGAGAAAGAAGCUUGUAUGGCUCGAGCUGCGGUGCGGUGUGAAUUGGACAGGGCAAAGAGCAGCAAAAGGCGAGAAGUUGAAAGAAUGAAAACGAAGAACUCAAGGCGGAGAAGCGAGAAGAGAA